AUGGAAGAAUUCAACAGGUGCUCAUCAGUUACUUCUUCAUCAUCUGAUUCAUCUUACUCAGACUCUUCGCCGUCCGGUAAGGCACGAAGAGAUGGAGACAAACUAGAGAGAAUCAGAGGUCCAUGGAGUGCUGAGGAGGACAAGAUUCUGACCCGGUUUGUGGAGCGAUAUGGGCCGAGAAACUGGUCCCUGAUAAGCAAGUACAUAAAAGGCCGGUCCGGCAAGUCUUGCCGGCUACGGUGGUGCAACCAGCUGAGCCCAAGUGUGGAGCACCGGCCAUUCUCGUCGGCGGAGGACGAUGUCAUCUUGGCUGCUCAUGCUAAGUAUGGCAAUAGGUGGGCCACGAUCGCCCGGUUGCUCCCGGGUCGGACCGAUAAUGCGGUGAAGAACCAUUGGAACUCGACGUUGAAGAGAAGAUAUAAUCAAAUGCAAGAUCAACAGGGAGGAAGAAUGGACGGCAUUGAUUUGAAUGGGGCAUCAGGAUCUGGGUUUGAUUUGAAUUCUGAGAUGAAUGACUGUGACCCAAUGACGACGUUGUCGUUGGCGCCGCCGGGAAUGGUUGGUUAUGAGUUGCCGGAGAGGAAGGUAGAGAGUGUGCCGGUGGGUUUUUGGGAUGUGAUGAGGGAUGUGAUUGCGAGGGAAGUGAGAGAGUAUGUGACAUCGUCGUUUUCGGAGGCUUCCUCAGGGUUUCAUUAG